GGCGCACGUACCAAGGCGGCAGCGGGCGCCAACGGGACCGGCGCACGGUGUGAAGGUGUGAAGUAAAUCCAGGAGAACACGCCUAACUCGGAAACACCUGCAACGUCCCCGUGACAGACACGCGCACGAGCUUCUCCUCUGCAUCGCACGUAAUAAAACACACAACUCUUGAAAGGACUUGUCAGCUGCUUGAAACCAGCUCUCAACCCGAUGCACGCUGCUGCCACCGGCGGCUCUCCGGCGCACUGGAACCGUCCGUCUUUUCUUGGGGUCUAAUUCCAAUUAAAGAUCAGUUCACUGCUUUGACUAGGAACGCGAUGUAAUUUGGCUGCCCCCCUUUUUGUUGUUAUUGUUGUUCUUGUUGAAUGCGUUGGCAUCGUGGUCAGCGCGAGACGAAGCUCUCGUCGGGUCAUUUCUCGUGAUUAGACGCACACAAACACACGUGCACACAACACGAAAAGAGAGAUAGUUUCCAAUCCAACGACGUGGGAGGGAAGAUCUGUGGAGAGGCAGCCGGAGAGGAAGAGGCAGAGGAAGAGGAGGAGAAGGAGGAGGAGGGAAAAGUAGGAGAUCUACUGCAACCCCUGGAGUCCGAUUCAGCACCACUCGCAGUGGACAGCGCGCGAGCCGCACGAGUUGAUCGACAAAUCCUCUUACUGCCUCCACAACUAACAACACUUCGCUUUCACCCCCACACGCUUUCUUUUCUCCUCUUUUUUCUUUUUUUUUCUUUGAAUAUUUUAUCCGUGCGCUCGUUUAAAAAAAAAAAAACGGCGUUCAAGCAGCAGGCGAGCGGCGACCGGAGCCGCCGAACGGGGGGAACGCAGGGAGAAACAAACGAGAACCGGACGGCAUCAGAUAUCGCAGAAGUUCUUUUCCUCUACUUUCGGCUCAGUUGCAUCGGGAGAAUUAAAAGGAGUCUGCUGUGGGACCCGCCGGCUCGUCUCAUCACUUUCUGCCUGCCUGAAGGACGGAGAGGAGCGCUGAGGGCACCCGAGUGAUCCCGGAGAAACGCAGGAGGCCGACUUCCCACCUUUGUUCUUCGCCCGGUGAGAAUUCUCCCCGUGGACUCUUGUCUCCGCUCCUCUGUCUCUAGUCAGCGGCUGUAGCCGCCGCUCUCAGUGAGUGAAAACAGAGCGACGGUCCAUAACUACACACACAGUUUGUGUCACAGCUUUAAACCACCAGAAGAGACUUCUGAAGACAACUGCGCUCUGAAAAACAUUGGGCCCACUACCCAUCAGGACAUUUGCAUGUGCGUGUGAGUGUUUCUUUAUCAAAGGGCUGGAGUUUGCGAGCGGAUGCAGAUUUAGCCUUCCGUCAUGACUCUGCGCGGAGGCUUCGAGAGGCCGUGGGUUGGCUGCUGCUGGGUGUUGCUGCUCGCUCGUUGUUUCUCCGUCGCUUGGGCGGCCAAGCCCAAAACGCCGGGCCACACACACCUCAACUCCGUACGCAUCGACGGGGACAUAUCGCUGGGGGGGCUGUUCCCGGUGCACGCGAGGGGAAACGACGGCAAAGCCUGCGGGGAGCUGAAGAAGGAGAAGGGGAUCCACAGGCUGGAGGCCAUGUUAUUUGCCCUGGAUCGUAUCAACAACGACAAUGAGCUGCUGCCCAAUAUCACCCUGGGGGCGCGCAUCCUGGACACCUGCUCCCGGGACACCCACGCCCUGGAGCAGUCGCUGACAUUCGUUCAGGCGUUGAUCGAGAAGGACUCGACCGAUGUCAAGUGCCUCAGCGGCGGGCCGCCCAUCAUCACUAAGCCGGAGAGAGUGGUGGGAGUGAUUGGUGCGUCCGCCAGCUCCGUGUCAAUCAUGGUAGCCAACAUCCUGCGUCUCUUCAAGAUCCCUCAGGUGAGCUACGCCUCCACAGCUCCGGAACUGAGCGAUAACACCCGCUACGACUUCUUCUCCCGGGUGGUGCCCCCGGACACCUACCAGGCCCAGGCCAUGGUGGACAUCGUCAAAGCCAUGCGCUGGAACUACGUCUCCACGGUGGCCUCCGAGGGGAACUACGGCGAAAGCGGCGUUGACGCGUUCAUUCAGAAGUCCCGAGAGGACGGUGGUCUGUGCAUUUCCCAGUCCGUGAAAAUACCCCGUGAACCACGAACCGGGGAGUUCGACAAGAUCAUCCGAAGGCUGAGUGAGAACCCAAACGCCCGGGUGGUCAUCAUCUUCGCCAAUGAGGACGACAUCAGGCGGCUCCUGCAGGCAGCCAAGAAGGCCAAUCAGACGGGACAUUUCAUCUGGGUGGGGUCGGACAGCUGGGGCUCCAAAAUCUCCCCAAUACUGAACCAGGAGGAGAUGGCAGAAGGCGCCGUCACCAUUCUGCCAAAACGGCAAUCCAUAAAAGGCUUUGAUCGGUACUUCAUCAGCCGGACGCUGGAGAACAACCGGAGGAAUAUUUGGUUUGCGGAGUUCUGGGAGAAUAACUUCCAGUGUAAGCUCAGCCGGCACGCAGUGAAGAAAGGAUCCGGCAUCAAGAAGUGCACAAACCACGAGCGGAUCGGAAAAGACUCAUCCUACGAGCAGGAGGGGAAAGUCCAGUUUGUCAUCGACGCCGUCUACGCCAUGGCGCACGCUCUGCACAACAUGCACAAAGACCUCUGCCCCGGAAGGGUCGGCCUCUGCCCCAAGAUGGAGACCAUUAACGGCACGCUGCUGCUCAAGUACAUUCGCCAUGUCAACUUCACAGGAAUUGCUGGAACCCCAGUGGUCUUCAACGUGAACGGAGACGCUCCUGGACGCUAUGAAAUCUACCAAUACCAGAUCACAAACAACACCACGGAAUACAAGAUCAUCGGCAACUGGACGGAUCAGCUCCACUUAGACACCGAUGAGAUGCAGUGGCCCGGUGCGACGCAGGAAGUGCCCUCCUCCAUAUGCAGCCAGCCCUGCCGGCCCGGGCAGCGCAAGAAGACGGUGAAGGGGAUCCCGUGCUGCUGGCACUGUGAGAACUGCGAUGGUUACCAGUACCAGGCGGACACGUACACCUGCAAGAUGUGCCGCUUUGAUUUGCGGCCGAACGCCAACAACACCGCCUGCGACCCCAUCCCCAUCGUCAAACUGGAGUGGAGCUCCCCGUGGGCGGUGAUCCCGGUGCUCAUCGCCGUGCUGGGCAUCAUGGCCACCCUGUUUGUGGUGGGCAGCUUCGUGCGCUACAACGACACGCCCAUCGUGAAGGCGUCGGGACGAGAGCUGAGCUACGUGCUGCUGACGGGCAUCUUUCUGUGCUACGCCACGACGUUCCUCAUGAUCUCCACCCCCGACGUGGUGAUCUGCUCCCUGCGGAGGAUUUUCCUGGGCCUCGGCAUGAGUAUAAGCUACGCAGCGCUGCUCACCAAGACGAAUCGCAUCUACAGGAUUUUUGAGCAGGGCAAGAUGUCGGUCAGCGCCCCUCGGUUCAUCUCCCCGGCCUCCCAGUUGGUCAUCACGUUCAGCCUGAUAUCGGUGCAGCUCCUUGGCGUGUGCAUCUGGUUCGGCGUGGACCCGUCGCAAGCCAUCAUCGACUACGAGGACCAGCGCACGGCCAACCCCAAAAUGGCCCGUGGCGUUCUGAAGUGCGACAUAUCGGACCUCUCCCUCAUCUGCCUCCUGGGUUUCAGCAUGCUGCUGAUGGUCACCUGCACCGUUUACGCCAUCAAGACCAGGGGGGUCCCCGAGACGUUCAACGAGGCAAAGCCCAUCGGCUUCACCAUGUACACCACUUGCAUUGUGUGGCUCGCAUUCAUCCCAAUCUUCUUCGGGACCUCGCAAUCGGCAGAAAAGAUGUACAUCCAGACCACGACCCUGACCAUCUCCGUGAGCCUCAGCGCGUCGGUCUCCCUGGGAAUGCUCUACAUGCCCAAGGUGUACGUGGUUCUGUUCCACCCGGAGCAGAACGUUCCAAAGCGAAAGCGCAGCCUGAAGGCGGUGGUCACCGCGGCCACCAUGUCCAACAAGUUCAACCCAAAAGGCGGCCUGAGGCCCAACGGGGAGGCCAAGUCUGAACUGUGUGAAAGCCUCGAAACGCAAGGGCUGGCUUCCAAGCAGACAUACAUAAGCUACAGUAACCACGCCACCUAAGCCAGGGACCAACAGAGGAAGCCGAGCCGGGUCGAGUCUGAGGAGUAAUCACCUGAUUCUGGGGAAUGCUGCGGGAAAGGCUGGAGGACUUGAUUGCUACAGAAGGACUGAGAGGGGGAGGGAGUGUUGGGGGGGGUUGUUGGAAAGAAAAGAAUUUGUCAAUCAGAAUGGAGGUCAUAUUUUUCUAGAGAAUCAGGUAAAGGCUUGAAUGGAAAGUUCAUGACAAAUGUGUAGUAGUUGCAGGAGGGGGAUGGAAAAAUAGGUUAUUUUCCCUCCCCCCCCUUAAGGGCGAAGGUGUGAGCGCUGAGAAGUGACGUCUCCAGAUGCGGGCUGAGUGAACCGUUUUCCUUCUGAAGUGUAAAACACAGAGUUUCAGUUCUGAUCUGAGGCAGAAUCUUUGUGUCUCAUUUCUAUAUAUAAAAAAUAGAAGGGGGGGGGGGGGGUUCUAGCUCAAGUCCAAUGCAGUCCAGAACAUGAAACGGUAUAAAUAAAGUAAUUAUUAUUUUUGGUUACUGAUAUUGUUGGGCAUGGAUGCUGCAGUUCUCUAACUGUACAUGCCUUACUACAGCACAUCCAGCAUCCCUCCAUGAACCAACCAGAUGUGAAACACCUGGAAAAUAAAAGCAGUGGGUCAUCCAAUUGGUUUGUUUGUUUGUAUUUUUGGGAUAAAUGUUUCAAGAAAAUGAUGAUGAUGCCAUCAUCUUGGCAAACCUAAUGUACAGUCCCAGAGCAUGCUUGUGGGAGCAUCACGUGUACUGUGCUGUGUUGUCAACGUCUUUUGGAAUGCAACAUUCGUCAUGGUCGCCACUCACGGUGGAGGCCGUUAGCCGCCGGGUUAGCCUCUGCUGGCCAAAGAGUCACUUCAAAAAGACAAGCAGGAGGCGGAUGGAAAGGCACACUGCCGUAGGAUACCUUCGUGGUUUACUCCGCGCUCCUUUUAAAGUCCACCCGGACAUGAAGACGUGUUGAUGCAUACUUCAAACAUCCCACAUUCACUGGCCUUUAUUCAUCAUGCGCUUCUCGAAGCCUUUGCCAAUUCAAGCAGUUGAAAGAUUGUGAGGAUUUGUAUUUCAUAUUUGUUCAACUUUUUGUAGACGUCUCGACAUAUAAACACAUUUGUAUUAAGCAUUCCCGCCAAUAAAUUACAGAAACUCAUAUUUCCGUGUUAUCCUGUUUUAACUAUAUUGGUGUUUUUCAAUGUUUCAAGGUAUACGGUAUAAAUUGUUUUACAGCGUUCGAGCUAGAAUAACUAUAUUAUGUCACUUAAAGAAAAAAAACCACACACAUCAGUGUGGUGUCGUUCCAAAUAUAUACAGUACAGUACGAUGGGUUGCCUAGGCCAGUAUUACAUGGGGACCUCUUACGAUCACUGAUAGAUGCAAAGGAUUGUAUUCCCUUUCUGGGUCAUGAAUUUCAGGCCCACAGAGGAAAUUGCUAAUGAGAGAUUUAAUGGUAUUUUGAGGACACAAUUAGGCUCAUGCAUUUACUCAGCAUGAAGACCACGCAGACCUUUGAAAUGUUCAGAGAUCAUUAGGUGGAUGAAGAUUGACCUUCUUACUUUUCACCUUUUGACCAUUUUGGGGGUGACACUAGCCCACUUAAAUUAUCCCCCACAAUCCUAAGGAGUCAUAUUUUGCUGAAUGUCAAAUUAAAAACAUGAAAAGCCGGCAAUGAGUGACAGGGUGGCUGAUACAGCUCUAUGCAGUUUAUAGAUUGAUUCCGUCUUUAAAUGACUUUCAAAUAAAAAUAAUUCUGUCCGACACGCAUAAUAUUGAGAAGCUCUCGUUGGAGGGAAAGUGGGGAGGUACAGCUGCUUGGUUGUGGGCCUGGUUUCCAUUCUUCACGGUGACCUUUGUGUAGCGUCCGGUACCUUUCCUUUUUUGUUGAAACAGGAGCGGACUCAAUGUACUAUUCAUACAAAUUCCAUUACUGUCCCAGGUCUGACGUAUUUGUCAUUAAAAGUGACUCUUUCAUUAAAUGUUAUCCUCAGCAAUGCAAAAAUAUGUAUGUUGCAUGUCAAAGCUCAUAAACAAGUCAUGUGAACAAUUUGAGAGAAAAGGUGUAAUUUCCAGAAGGAAAACUACUGCAGAGGAUUCUAAAUAACUGAUACCUUGGUUUUAAUCAAUGAUUCUCUCAGCUUCAACUAAAGUCUACGGUGUUGCCGCAAAUGUUGUUUUCUCAUGAAAAACGUAAAAAAGUAUUGUUUGUGGGAUUGUUUGUGUUUGUGAAUAUGAUCAUUUUCUGCUUUUUUGCCACAAACCCCCCUACCUCCCCUUUAUUUUUCUAAAACACUUUGUCUGUGUUACAAAAAUAGAAUAUGUAAGUGCUGACUGAAAUUAAGUGACAAGUUAAUGUACGUUAUUAAAAUGGAUCGAUCCUGUCUGCUUUAUGUACUGAAUUAUAAAAAAAAAGAAAGAUAAAAAAAGAAAUACAGUGCCUGGAUAUUUAUGAAUUAUCUAUAGAAAAAAAUUACAAUGUGUAAAGCAUGUUCAUUUUUAUACAAGAUAUUUCUAAUAAAAGACUGUUUUGCUAAUAAA